ACAACAGUUGCCUUUUAUUGCCCAAUAUGGCGGACACGCGGCUCUAUGAAAUUCUCGGUGUUUCGCCGAGUGCGAGCGAUGUGGAGAUAAAAAAGGCUUACAGGAAGCUCGCGAAAGAGUAUCACCCCGACAAAAACCCUGACGCAGGCGAUAGAUUUAAGGAAAUAAGCUUCGCUCACGAGGUACUUUCGAACCCUGAGAAACGCGAACUUUAUGACAAAUACGGAGAGAAGGGAUUACGCGAAGGCGCUGGUAUGGGUGGGGGUAUGGACGAUCUUUUGUCGCAUAUUUUCGGUGGUUUUGGCGGUGGAAUGUUCGGUGGUGGAGGACUCAGACAAAGAAGAAGGCGAGGAGAAGAUCUCUUCCAUCCUCUAAAGGUUACAUUAGAAGAUCUUUACAAUGGAAAGUCAACCAAAUUACAACUCAGUAAGAAUGUGAUCUGUGCAGUAUGUAAGGGGGUUGGUGGAAAAGCUGGAGCUGUGCGGACAUGUCAGGGGUGUAAAGGGAGGGGAAUAAAAGUGACUAUUCGCCAAAUUGGUCCUGGAAUGGUUCAGCAGAUGCAGUCUACCUGUAAUGAAUGCAGUGGGGAAGGUGAAGUACUCAAUCCCAAGGACAGGUGUAAAAAAUGCCAGGGGAAAAAAGUUGUUAAAGAAAGCAAGAUAUUAGAGGUUCAUGUAGACAGGGGUAUGAAUGACAGUCAAAAAAUAACAUUUAGAGGAGAGGGAGACCAGGAGCCUGGUGUUGAACCCGGUGAUGUUAUUCUGGUACUACAACAGAAAGAUCAUGAAUUGUUUACACGUCAGGGUGAUGAUUUGUUUAUGACCAAGAAAAUUCAUCUGGCAGAAGCUCUGUGUGGCUUCCAUAUGGUGAUCAAACACUUGGAUAAAAGAAAUUUAGUUGUAAAAUACCCUGCUGGACAGGUUAUUGAACCAGGUUGCAUAAGAGGUGUGGUUGGAGAGGGUAUGCCAGCGUACAGAAGACCCUAUGACAGGGGAAAUCUCUAUGUUAAAUUUGAAAUUGAAUUUCCUCCAAACAAUUUCAUCCCGGGUGACAAAAUAUCUUUACUAGAAUCAUUACUUCCUAGUCGGCCUAAACAACCAUCACCAGCUGAGGAUGCGGAAGAAGUGGACCUCAUGGAACUUGAUCCAAGAUACAGUCAAAAAAGGAGAGAAGCAUAUGAGGAUGGCAGUGAUGAUGAAGCAGGCCAUGGACCUCGUGUGCAGUGUGCACAUCAGUAAUUAGAACUCUUUAAGGAACCACUUUGCCUGGCAGCAUUUUAAGCCUGUUCCUGUGAGCUAUUUGGGCAUUUUAGAGUUAAAAUAAUUUCAAUUCCUUUUUGACACAAAUUUUCUGAAACUUGUCAUAUUUGACAUCAUGUUGUGAAGUAGUUCACUUGUUCAACCAAGACCCUGGCUUCUAGUGUAGUUUUGUUUUGUUAUGAGCUAAAUGUAAAGUAAGUAUCCCAUCAACUACAGGCCAUGUGUUUGAUGGAAGCAUUUUGUGCUAUUUACUACAACAGUGCCUCCAGACAUUUUUUUGAUCACCAAUGAUGGUUUAAAAUUGUUCAUAGCCAGUAUUACAUUUCAAGAGGUCUUUAUGAACCCCAGAACAUUUAUUAAAUUAUAUACAUGUAUCAUAAGUCAUUUUAAGCAGAGGUAACUAUAAAGUGUGAUUCUUCCUCUGUUUCACACCAUUCUUCCUUUUUAACUAACCUAUUCUACAACAGUGCAUCCAGUGUACAUAAAAUGAUUGUCUAUUGCAGCAAAUUUAUUGUAUGAAUUUUGAAUCGGCAAUUACUCACAAACUAUUCACAUCAGAAAAGGUUUCUAGUAUUAGCAUCAGAAGGAGGCAGAGGACACAAAUCUUUCCUUUGUACUCUUUAGAACUUGUGGUAUAAUCAUAAAUAUGAAUAUUUGUGCUGAUUACAUGCUGAUUUGAAAUAACCUCAAUUCAUUAAUUGUUGUCAGUUUGCACAUAAAUUGAAGGGAGAAUGGUGUGAUAAAAAGGCACCAAACCUCUUUUGUUGUGAAUUUUUUAUUGGGUAUUAAGAGUUUUCUUUUGAGAUAUUGAAUGGUGGCAUGUAGAGAUGGCUUUAUUAAUUUUCAAUGGCCAAAAAAUAUAAAGAGCAAUAGUGUUCUUUCCGUCUUCAGGCUAUCAAUCUUGUAAUUUCUGUUUACCAUAUUGAUGUGAGUUGUUUUGUCAAACAACAGCUUUGCAUGUAAUGUAAGGUCUUUGAUGUGGUCACUAGUGAGGAUUCGGAGAAUGCCUCUGUGCCAUUGGAUGUAUUGUGUUGUGUGGAAUUUAUUUUUGCUUUGUUUCCAUUGUGUACACUUUUAUUGAAUAAGUGUCUCCAUAAUGUAGCCACAAAAAUCAAAUGAAGUAGGUUUUAGAAUUUGUGUUUCCAAGUUUGUGUAAGAUGGAGCUUCAACCCUACAAUUAUUCUCACUGGAUGGUAAAUAAAAUUUCAUGUUUGAGCAAGAGA